CAUCAGGACAGAGUUACAGCAUCACCAACAUCAGAUCUGUGGACAGUGGAGAAUAUUACUGUGACAUUCAGAAUGAAAUAGCAUCUAGGAAUUCUACAGCUCUGAUAAUAUUUAUAUAUAUGUUCCUCAAAACAUGUACCAAAAUGACAUACAGUAUUUCAAAAUAUUUCAAGACAUUACAUUUUGUACACUUGUUCAUGGAUCUAAAUUCUGUCUAUCAAGAUCACUUGGUGGAGCAUAAAUGAGUUUAUAUUUCAUGUCCUCUCAUAAAUCAGUUUCCCACGGCCCCAAGGAAAAGGGUUUUGUGUGUUUAUGUUGUGUGUUUUGUUGGUUUGCCUGUCCAUGUGUUAAAGUGAAUGUUGUGUUAAGACUUUAUUCAGUUGUGAACACCUCUGUGACAAAGACACAACACUGAGCCUUCUGAUAAUGAGAACAACACUGUAAUUUUUCUGUUACGGUUGAUUUUAGGUUUAGGCUGUAAAUUAGCGUCCCUCAUGUUUGUGUUCACUGCCUUGAGGUUCACGCCAGAAUGGUUAUAAAAAAAUGUGUGAGUUUGUGUCUAGAAAUUAAGACACAGUUGAAGACCCAGACAGUAUAAUAGUAUAUUGGAUAGUGUGUUCCAUGUUAACUUUUUAAAUGUAAAAGCUUUUCUUUUCUGACGUGAUGGUCUGUUUGUCUUGAAUGUUGAUGUCAUAAACAGGAAGGAAAUGACAGUUCAUCUGCUAUUUGUGCCUUGACUCCUUAUUAUAAAUAUCAACUACAGAUCUCACAGUUCCAGUCAGUUCCCAUUCACUGACCAUAAGUUGACUCAACAAGACCUCCCCCUUCACUUCCCUCUGGACUGAGAUUACAAAAUGUCCUUGAGUUCAACAGGAAGUGUGUUGGUGGUCUUCCACUGGUCCUUGACAGUGGUACUGGGUCAGGGUGACUGGGGUGUGACCUACUCCACUCAGAGUAUCUGUGUCUUGAAGGGGUCAACAGUGGAGCUGAGCUGCACCUACAAGUAUCCAAGUGGUCAUAAAGUCACAUCAACCUUCUGGUUCACUAGAAAAUAUACUGAUGGGAAUCCUGUGAACCUGAGUGAUGACCCAGACUACAGAGGUCGUGUGACGUACCGUAGUGAUGAGAAGAACAGACACACCCUGAUAAUCACAGACCUGAGAGAGACUGACUCAACUAAGUACGGGUUCGGAUUUAUUACAGAUCAGCCUGGAGGGAAAUGGAUUGGCCAAACUGGAGUCGCCCUGUCUUUUCCAGGUCUUCAGGUGGUGGUGACUGGUGGAUAUAUGAAGAAUCUGACCUGUAGAACCACCUGUCCUCCACCUAUUAACCCCAACACCACCUACAUCUGGUACAAGAACGGACAACAGAUAGAUGAGAGCUCCUCCCCCCAGUACAAAGACCCAAUCUACAUUCACUAUAAAGACAGUUAUUCCUGUUCUGUUAAAGGUCAUGAGGAUCUCCACUCUCCUACAGUGUGUGUUCAGGAUCAGUACUGCAGCAGAGUGACUUACAACCAGAGGAGAAUUUGUGUCUUGAAGGGGUCAUCAGUGGACAUAUCCUGUACUUAUGUUGGUUAUUAUUCUGUCACAUCAUCACUGUGGUUUAGACCUAAACAGAGUGGUACGUGGAGGGAUAAGAUCAAUCCUGUGGACCUAACCAAAGACCCAGGGUAUGCAGGUCGGGUGGAGUAUCCUGACCAAGAGAGUAGAACAUACAGAGAUCCCUUCAUCCUGAGAAUCACAGAUCUGAGAGAGGAAGACUCAGCUGAGUAUCGCUUCACUUUUAAAACAUCCUUCUUUGAAUGGGGUCAUAGUUUCCCUGGAACAACUCUGACUGUCACAGAUCUACAGGUGAAGAUGACUCCUGAUAGAGUGACUGAGGGACAGAAUGUAACACUGACCUGUAUCACAUCCUGUCCUCUGACUGGUAACACCACCUACAUCUGGUACAAGAAGAAUGUAACCUCGCCAAAAGCAUCAGGAAGGAGAUACAGCAUCACUGACAUCACAUCUGAGGACAGUGGAGAAUAUUACUGUGAGGUCUGGAAUGGAAGAGGAUCUAUGAACUCUUCAACUCUGAUGGUCACUGUUGCAGGGAAACAGACAUCUGUUCUGACUGCAUCUGCAGGAAUCACAGUGGUUGUUCUGGUUCUCAUCCUCUGUCUCUCUGGAUUCAUCUGGUUCAAGAUGAGGGGCUGUAAAUCCCCCUCUGAUACAACAGACAAAACAGAUGAUGGACAGACAGAGUCCACUCCUGUGUAUGACAACAUAUCAGACAUGGUCAUGACCUCUACUGCAGCACAGACAGCAGACACAGACAACCAGGAUGUCCUUCACUAUGCCAGCGUCCACUACUCUUCCUCCAAGGAACAGGAAGUACCUCUAUAUCCCCCCAUCGAGAAACAGGAAGAGGAAGUCCAGUACGUCGCAGUGAAAAUAAACUGUCCCAGUGCUGCCACCCAACCGACGACACAAACAGCUGAAGUGGACCCCUCCAGGAUUUACAGCUCAGUUUACAAACCCAGAAUCAACAAGAAGUGAACACAACAAGACCUGAGGGGUUCUAUUAAGUGCAGCUCAUCCACCAAUCAGAUUCUAUUCUGUCACCAGGGUCUGUUCCUUUAGAGAACAUCCAGUUCACAUGGUAGUCUGCAUUGUUCUCUGUCAAUUACAAAGGGAACACAUUAUUGGACCACACAUAGACCCUUUAAAUCAACUGGGAAGAUAAAAUGUUUUAUGUUUUUCUACAAAGUCAGUCAUAGAUCAGGCCAGCUUAUUCAAUAAACUAAGUCACUCAGAGUAAAUGACCACAUUUUAGACUGUUAAUCAACGUAUAUAUGUCCAAUGUUACCCACAGCAGUUUUUCAUUAGUAUACCAACUCUGUGUUUUACUUAGAGAUUUCUCCUCAGUAGUAAUUGAAGUACCACUAAACAAUUGACAUAGUAAAUGCAUAUGUGAAUUGGUAUGAUUACAUUAUCAAAUAGGACACAUGGGUGAUAAUUAAUAAUAAUAUUUUUAUUUGAUAGAGCACUUCAUUGUCUCACUAAUUAUAUUAAUUGUCAAGCCUAUAAUGAACAUUGUAGAGGCCUACAUUAUAACAUAUUUACAGUGGUACAGUAGGCCCACUGCAUAGCCAAUACAAAAAAGUUGUUUUAUUUAAUUUGUUAAGAAGUUUUCAUGGCAAUUACAUUCUAGUUCUAGUUGUUACCGAAGGGAAGCAAAAUGAUUGUAGCAGCGGGAAAAAACUAAGAACAUCAUACAAAUCUACAUGGUCUUGUAGGCUGUAACAUUACUUUUCUAGUUCCAAAGUCCUAUAUUAUUGUGCUGUAUCGAUUAACUCCAUCAGCUCCAUCACUUUAAGCUCUUCCUCAGUAUUCCAAUUUACAUGGAUUUUAGUUUGUUUAAAAUUUGUAUUGAUUUAAUGACAAAUGUACGGUAAAAUAUGUACCUAUUUAUACAAAAUAAAUGUAUAUAUUUGUAAAACCAAUUGUAUGAGUGUUUUGGAACAGUUGUUUUUCAGAUUUAAUCCUUUUCAAAUUAUAGUGUUGAGUGUGGGAAAAAAUGUCAGUUUGUACCAGUACUCUACAUCUAUGACAUU